AUGGCUAGAACCACGGCUGCCCGCACGUAUGGCAAGGCCUCGACGAAAGCGAAGGCACGCCGACUCUUUGCCGAGGUCCCUCCUAGUCCGCCACGAAAAUCUGAUGCGGCGAUUUCAGUAGCCAGUGAUGAUGAUUCGGUCAUCAAAAUCACGGAAAAGCUGCACGGCUUUGAGAUUCAAGACGAGGUUUACUCCUCUGAGGACGAACUUUCCAGAGACUUCAACUCCAUUGUUGUUGCACUUCCACCACAACCGGCAAAGUCGGGAUCUCCCAAGCGGGAACUAAAGAAGACCCCAAGAGCGACCAGGUCUGUAGCAACACCAAAAGUCAAGAGGACACUUUCAACCCCGGCAUCCAAGGUUGAAGCACUCGAGACCGAGAUCGCUGAGCCUGUCUCGCCGCCUCACCCCGGCUACCGCGUUCUCACUUGGGAAGAGGUCUGUCCACCGGGAGACACAAUUGAGAAGAUAGCCGAGGCCUCCUACGCCGAGGUUUAUCGAGUCCGUAACGAACGCGGCACGAGCAUCAUCAAGUGCAUCCGCCUCGAGUCACCAAUCAAGGCGCAGACCAAGGCGCAGGAGCGUUCAGGUCUUGUCGAUGAAGAGCCGCAUUCCGAAGACGAUAUGCGUGGUGAGCUGCGCAUAUCCGAGUGGCUCGCCGACAUUCCCGGCUUCGUCAUCUACAAGGAGCGCUACCUUGUGAAGGGCAAAGCGCCCAAAUGCCUCCUGGAGACGCACCAGAGCUUCCAUCGGAAGAUGAAGCGCAAGGAUCCGGACAGGUUGCAGUUUUAUCCCAGUCCGAGCCGCUAUCUGGCCGACACGACGUUCUUGGUGGUGGAAUUGGGUGAUGCGGGAACUGCCCUGGAAGACUUUGAACUGGAGAAUUCGAGUCAGUUGUGGGACAUCUUCUUCCAUGUUGCCAUUGCUCUGGCUAGGGCGGAAGAGAUGGCCUGCUUCGAGCAUCGCGAUCUUCAUGAGGGCAAUCUCUGCAUACGCAAGACAAAAGAGCCCAUGACGCGAGACCCUAAGAAGGCAGCACCCUACUUCGGCUACUCCGGUCUCGAUAUUACGAUUCUGGACUACGGGCUCUCUCGAGCUGAAGACCUCGAGGUCGAAGAGUCAGAUCCUAUUGCGCUCGACCUCGAGAAGGAUCUCAGCAUCUUCACCAGCACCCACGCACCGCAGUGCAAAGUCUACCGCCAAAUGCGGUCCCUUUUGCUGCGUGGCGAACGUGGUCACCUGCCACCGUCGGCUCAUAAAGUCCCCUAUGCCAAGGGGGUUGGCGGCGAGCCUCUUUCGUGGGACGUGUACGUGCCGUACACCAACGUUUUGUGGCUCGCAUACCUUUAUCAGUAUAUGGUCAAGGGAUUCAAGGGCGAGAAGAAGGAUGUCGCGGAAUUCAAGAAAGUCACCAAGGAGAUGUGGAAGUAUCUGGACCCGGAUGCCAAGGCCGGGACGCCAGCGUUUGGUAGUUCGGCCGAGGUUGUCAGGUUCGCGUUCGAAGCCGGGUGGCUUGAUGAGUCGCACUUGAUGGAUAUCGGCGGCGAAGAAAGGGAAGACAGCAUCAUCCUCUCGCGGGAAGAGACGGAGGAGCUGGCACGGCGCAGAUCACCAAGGAAGUUGCGGUGA